AAAGCACUAAUUUGAUUAAAAAAGUAAAUAAAUAUUAGUAAUAUUACCUAAAUCCGCUGUAAAUGAGUUUAGAAAGUCAUCUACAUUAUCAAAUUUAUUUAUUUAUUUAUUUAUUGACCUACGACACUAAAUUAACUAGCUAUUGUAAUUUCAAUAGAUGUACAAGUGUACUUAAAUUAUUUAAACAAUGGUAGAUGUUCCCGUUCAAGACAUGAUCAAAAAUACAUUUACAUGGCACAACAAAAAUGGCUACAAAUCUGGAAAAACGUAUAAUUUAUUUAAUUAUUUUACAAACGUUGACGAUUCACAUUCAAAAUAUCUUCAUUAUCAAAUGACUAAACCUUUGUCUGUUCAAACUCAACAAGAUUCUCCAUCUAAAAGUGAUUCUCCUCAACCAUUUUAUCACAUUCAUCAGGAUUCAAUUAUUACACAAAAGUCAAGUCCAACAUCAGUCAGAUUUAGUCCACGUAUGGGGUCUAAUGCUAUUAAUUAUGCACGUUCGAGUGCUACAAAUCGGGUAUCAAUCGCAUCCAAUAUGUCACCAAUGAGCAGUUAUAAUGUUGAUCAAUCAAUAUCAAAGAUUAGUGCAAUGUUUCCUACUGCAUCUGAAUCUCAUAUUAAAUCAUUAUUAAAUAAAUAUCAUAACAGAGAAGCUAUUGUUAUUAGUGCUUUACAAGUAGAAAAGCAUCCAAUUGCUACUCCUGGACCAUAUACACCACCAUCAAUUAAUCGUCAUUAUAUGUUACAAGCUAAUCCUUCACCCCUGGCUAGUCCACUACCUAAACCAGCUCAUUAUUCUCCAAAAAUGAAAUUAAGAUAUUUGAAAAGUGUAUUUCCUGUAGUAGAAGAAACAGUACUUUUGGAUACACUAUGUAGUGCUGAUAAUAAUGUUAAUCAAGCAACAAAAACAUUAUUAACUAUGGGAUUUAAUAAACAACAUAACAUUACAAACAAUGUGCCUAAAUUGCCUAGAGUUACAUUAACAAACAGUGAAAAUGAUUAUGAAGAAGAUGAUAUGUUUUGGUUACGAAGAAAACCAUGUGAUAAUUACGAUAAAACUAAAUCUACUUGUUCAUCUUGGCCUGUUUCUUCUGUUGCAUCAACACCGAACAAAAAAAUAAAUUCUGAUGAACAGAUAAAAAUAAAACAAAGAUUGCAUGAUAAAUUUGAUAAUCAAGAAGAAAAAAUUAUAAUUUUUGCCUUAGAAAGUACAGAUUAUAAUGAAUUAUUAGCAGAUAAAAUUCUUAAAAAUCAUUUAAAUAAUGAAUUUAAAUCAAAGGAUGAAAAUGAUGGUGAACUCAAAAGAGAAAAUUCUAGUAAUAAAGUAACUGGUAACUGUGUUGUUACGAACAUGAGCAACUCAAAAACUGAAUCAAGAAAUUCUUUCUGUGAAAUAAAUUCUGAGAACGAAAAAGCUGUGGCAAAUGAUACGCAAAAAAAAUUGGCGAAAGGUCCUAAUAAAGAUUUAUUGAGCAAAAAAGUCUUAUCUAAGAGUGAAUCGCAUGAAAAAAAUCGAGUGAAACCCAAAGGUCCAAACAAAUCUUUGUUGAGUAAAAUUCAUUCUUUAGCAAAAGGACCAAAUAACGAAUUGAAAAAAGGACCAUCUAAAGGAUUAGCUAAAGGUAGUAUUUUCCAUCGAUUAUUUAAGAAAUAAUUACCUAUAUAUAUAUUAUUUUAGAUAAAGUAAAUUAUUUCUAUACUCUAAUA